AUGACGAUGUUUGAUACGUUGGUUAGAUUCGAAAGGAACCAAUGAAAAUAACGUUUUAAUAUAGUUGUACCAAGUCUUCAAUGAUCAUUCAUCGUCAGAUAUAAACACACACAAUUUAAAUAAAAUAUAUCUAAUUAUCUUCUUCUUAUUAAUCCAAAAAUAAUUGAAACGGAAACAAAUAUACAUAUAUAUAUAUAUAUAAUAAUUGACAGAAUUCUAUCUUUAAAAUCAAUAUAAUUGAAUAUAUUGUAAAAUGAAUUUAAUUUUGAUAUCAACAUUAAUUUGCAUUUUAGAGUAUAUAGUGCCAAUUUUAAUAACUUAUCUUACAACACAUUUAUAUGCAAAAAAACAAGUGGAAGUUGAAUUACGUAAAAAAUAUGUUGAAAUGAAACAAGAAAUGGCAGGUAUUUCAAUGGUAGAUGAAUUUUCCAAAUAUGCUAAACUUCAGAGAAAAUCUAACUCACUGGAAAGUCAGCUAAAUCAAAUAGAUAAAUGGAGAUUAUCUAAAAGAAAAAAAGCAAGAUUUAUGAUGACUUAUGGCUUUCGUAUUAUCAGUGGCAUAUUAAUAAUGAUUCUUUUAUACAUGUAUAAUAAUGAACCCGUGGUGAGACUACCAAAGGAUUCAUUAUGGCCAAUUAAUUACUUUUUAAGUUGGCCAACUACUCAAGAAGACUCCAUUUCUUUAUUUAUGUGGUUUAUUAUUAUGAGAAUAGCUUUAUUUAAGUGUAAUCAAAUUUCAGUUUAAGUAAUUAUUAAAUAAACUCAUCUGUAAAAAUGAAGUUUAUAUAAUUACAGGGUAUCCCAGUUUCUUUCCAUAAAAUUGUACCAGCAUAUUCUAUAACUAAACAUAAGAACAAAAUAUAAUAGACUUUUAAAUACUUUAUUAAUAAGUUAUAAAACAAAUACGAAAUGACAACGAACUAGUUUCUUAUUUUUUAUUUUUACUUAUAGAAUAUGCUGGUAAAAUUUUGCAGGAGAAAAAUCCUAUAUAUAUAAUG